AUGUUUCUUCAGCCGAGGAAUCACAUCGCCGAGUUGCAUCAUUUGAAUGCACAAGUUAGACAAUUUCUACACGACCGAAAACAACAAUAUGGGAAACAAUAUGAAAAAAGCAGUGGAAGAAGAGGAAAGAAAGCUGAAGCUGCUGAAAAUAUCAAUGAAUCGAUGCUGAAACAACCGUUGUUACGUUUCGACCUCCUUUGGCAGCGUUUCCACGGUCCAUCCCGAAAGCGCACCUCGAGUUCCCAUUUUUUC